AUGUCACUCCUCUCCUAUUUGCUCUUGCUACUGCUGGUAGUGGUGUCGCUCACCUCCACUCCCUCCACCGCUGAUGAUCACCACCACCCACCGGAGGAAAGGCCUCCAAGAGAAGAGCCCCCACAUGAACAUGAUCCGCAUAGGCCUGGCCCACCGGAUCACAAGCCUCCAUUUUCUGAUGGGCAUAAAGAAGAGCCACCUAAAGAAAACUCACCUCAUCGUCGCCUCCUUCAAAGGGGCCCGGUUGAACCAAGUAAACCUGGGCCAGAAGACCAUUUACCUCCGAAAGAAGAGCCCCCACAUGAACAUGAUCCACACAGGCCUGGCCCACCGGAUCACAAGCCUCCUCUUUCUACUGGGCUUAAAGAAGAGCCACAUCAUGAGCAUGGACCACCGGAGCAUAGGCCGCCGCAUGAGCAUGGCCCAUUGGAGCACAGGUCACCUCAUGAGCACGGGCCAGAGCACAGACCAGAGCACAAGCUGCCGCAUGAGCAUGGGCCGCCGGAACGCAAGACACUCAUGAGUCAUGAGUCGCUCAAAGAACAUAAGGAACACAAGGGACAUAAGCCUCCUCACGAGGGUCACCCUCCUCUAGAUCAUAAGCCUGUUGAGGAGUCACAUAAGGAACAUAAGGGACAUAAGGGUCACCCUCCUAAGGAGGAGCUGCCACACCGCCGCCUCCUUCAGGGAGGACCAAUUGACCCGCGAAAACCAAACCCAAGCCAUAGACCUCCAAAAGAAGAUCCCCCACAUGAGCAUGAUCCACACAAGCCUGGCCCACCGGAUCACAAGCCUUCGCUUUCUAAUGGGCCUGAAGAAGAGGGCCAUCAUGAGCAUGGGCCACCAGAGCACGAGCCACCACAUGAGCGUGGGCCGCCAGAGCACGAGCCACCGCACGAGCAUGGGCCACCAGAGCACAAGCCACCACGUGAGCAUGGGCCGCCGGAGCAAAAGACACUCAUGAAUCAGGAGUCACUCAAGGAACAUAAGGGACAUAAGGGUCACCCUCCACUAGAUCAUGAGCCUGCUCAGGAGUCACUCAAGGAACAUAAGGAGCACAAGGAACAUAAGGAGCACAAGGGACAUAAGCCACCACAUAAGGGUCACCCUCCACUUAAUGGGCGUUGA